UUGUAGGGAUUCUCGUCCAGUAUCCGCUUGUACAUGAUAUUCCAGUGAAUUAUCAAUUGUUCCCAAAGUAUCAUUCCUAUAUUCAUGAUGAAUUUCAUAUACUCAGAAUGCUUCAUGGUAGCAUUGCUGUCUUCUUAUUUCUCAGGUCUUGCUGUAGGUGCCAUUGAUUUACGACAGCGAAGUACUGGUAAUAUUGGUAAUCUUUCUUUGCAGUCAGACUCAGCGAAAGAAGUUUACCAACAUACAUCUUCUGUACUGAACGAUGCAGGCAAAAAUCUUGCUGUUAUUGACUUGACGUUCUAUCGUGCAUUGAUGGCUUCGAUAUCAGUCGUUAUUGUGUCAGAACUGGGUGACAAAACAUGGUUUAUCGCUGCAAUUAUGGCAAUGAGGCAUUCUCGCUUAACUGUUUUCUGUGGAGCAAUGGCAGCUUUAAUUCUGAUGACGCUUUUAUCAGCUGGAUUGGGAUGGUUCACUCAAGUCAUGCCACGAUUGUUGACUUACUCUGUUUCUACUGCGCUUUUUGCAUUGUUUGGUAUAAAGAUGUUAUACGAUGGAUAUCGAAUGUCUCCGACUGAUGGACAGGAGAGUUAUGCAGAAGCAAAAACGGAAAUCCAGAAGAAAGAACUGUUGGCGGAUUCUUCCAAAGUUUCUGAUAUGGAAAAUGGAGGAAUUACUGUGCCAAACCAAAGUUCCACACAUGCGCUUUUAUGUGUGAUUUCCGCACUUUUUUUGGAGUCCUUUACGCUCACAUUUCUGGCUGAAUGGGGUGAUCGCAGUCAGCUGACCACAAUAAUAUUGGCAGCACGUGAAAAUAUCUACGGCGUAGUGAUUGGUACUAUACUAGGACACGCUUUCUGUACAGGAAUUGCAGUUAUUGGCGGUAGACUUAUUGCUACUCAAAUAUCGGUAAGAACAGUUACAUUAAUUGGAGGCGUGGUGUUUAUCUUGUUUGCGUUUUCUACGUUCUUUAUCAAUCCGGAAUCGGAAUAAGCAAGAUGAAAUACCUGUUGGACAUAGCUUUGCGGGUAAUCUUAUCUUUUUGUAUCAAUACUUUCAUUCUAUUCCUGCCCAAAGUGGAACUGCUUAGCUUAGAUCAAAUAUAAAAGGUCUUCCUCC